AUGUCCAUGGCCCUCAGGCGGCUCCGACCUUGGGCCUUCUCUCUCUUCUUCCUUGUCCUUUUCUCCUACGAUGAAUCUGGUCUUUGGAGCAGAAGCAGGACUAGGAGUGGAGUCGCGCAGGCCACGCAGAGAGUCUUCCUGUAUCCACAGGCUCCCAAGGUCUCCUCCAUCGUGAGCAGCAAGUACAGGACUGCCUACCACUUCCAGCCUCCCAAGAACUGGAUCAACGGUAUUGCUCUGUCUCCCCUCUAG